UUCAGCCCUGCAGAGGUUGUUGCUAACCCCGCCAUCUUACCCUCUGUGGCCGCUUUCUUCUCCCAGCUCUAAGUUCUGGAUUGCACCCGGUAUCUGUCGCCGCGUGACUCGUUACUGUCUGGACGCCCAGCACGAGGCGGGCGCUCACUGGAGUCCCGAAAUGGGAUUGGUGUCCUUUGAGGACGUAGCCGUGGACUUCACUUGGCAGGAAUGGCAGGAGCUGGAUGCUGCCCAGAGGACCCUCUACAGGGACGUGAUGCUGGAGAACUACAGCAGCCUGGUGUCCUUGGGGCACUGUGUAACCAAACCGGAGUUGAUCUUGAGGUUGGAGCAUGGAUUCCGGCCAUGGAGCAUCGGAGGAGACACUUCUGUCUGGAGUCUCCCAGGUGUUCUUGAAGUGUAUACUCCAGAUGAGAGUUGCCCGGAAAAUCCAGAGAGUCAUAUGUGGCCAGUGGGAAGCAUCAGCAGAAAUCUUUCAAAUAAAGAGAUGAUUGAAGCAGAAAUGAAGGUUCAACUGGAACUUUACCGAGGUACAAAACCCUAUGAAUGUAAACCGUGUAUGAAAAUGGUUAGCCUGCCAUUGCAGCGCAACGAGCAGCAUGCCUACUAUGCACGUGUGAAACCCUACGAAUGGAAGGAGUGUCAGAAAGCCUUCUGUUACAAGUCAGCGCUAACUCAACACCAGAGACCUCGUACAAGAUUGAAGAUCUAUCAGUGUACAGAAUGCAGGAAAGCUUUCCCCUCUAAGUCAGAACUCACUGUGCAUCAUAGAAUUCAUACCGGUGAGAAGCCCCAUGAGUGUGACGAAUGUGGUAAAGCUUUCUAUCGUAAGUCAACCCUUACCGUACAUCAGAAGACUCAUAGAGGUGAGAAACCUUAUGAAUGUAAGGAGUGUUGCAAAGCUUUCUAUUAUAAGUCAACCCUCACUGAACAUCAGCGAAUUCAUACCGGCGAGAAGCCUUAUGUGUGUAAAGACUGUGGCAAAGCUUUCUUCUACAAGUCAAACUUAACUCGCCAUCAUAGAACUCACACAGGUGAGAAGCCUUAUGAAUGUGAAGAGUGCAGGAAAGGUUUUUCCUCCAAGUCAGAGCUCACUUCACAUCAUAGAACUCAUACCGGUGAGAAGCCCUAUCAGUGUGAAGAGUGUGGUAAAGCUUUUUACUGCAAGUCAACCCUCCGUGUACACCAAAAAAUACAUACAGGCGAAAAGCCCUAUGAGUGUAAGGAAUGUCAGAAAUCUUUCUAUUAUAAGUCAACUCUUACUGAACAUCAGAGAACUCAUACAGGCGAGAAGCCCUACGAAUGUAAAGACUGUGGCAAAGCUUUCUUCUACAAGUCACAGUUAACGCGCCAUCAUCGGAUUCAUACAGGUGAGAAGCCUUAUGAAUGUGAAGAGUGCAGGAAAGCGUUCUCCUCCAAGUCAGAGCUCACUGCUCAUCAUAGAACUCAUACCGGUGAGAAGCCCUAUGAAUGUGAAGAAUGUGGCAAAUGUUUCUGUCGCAAGUCACACUUAACUCUUCACCAUAGAAUCCAUACAGGUGAGAAGCCCUAUGAAUGUAAAGAUUGCAGAAAAGCUUUUUUCUGCAAGUCAGGACUUGCCCGACAUCUGGGUACUCAUACACAUGGUACUAAUACAAAGAAUAGAGAAAAGCAUUUUCCUGCAACUCAGAGCUCAGUGAAUAUCAGAAAUGAUACACAAGUUCGAAACCCUGUGGCUAUAAAGAAUGAAGAAAAACACUCUACUAUAAAUCAGUCCUCAGUCCAUAUGAUGGACUUCUUAGAGUUGAGAAGUCCUAUAGAUGUACAUAAUGCAGGGAAACUUGCCUUCUUAACUCAUACCUCAUUCAAUAUGAAUGAACUUAGGUGAGACACACAGAGAAGGCUGGAAAGUGCAGUCAACCAGGAUCACUUGACAUCAGAGAAUGCCUGUAGAAGGAUUACAGCAAAGAACUGCCACAAGGGAGACCUCUCAACAUCAGAAGAACAUUUUGUCUGGAAAGAACACAGGAAAGCUCUACCACAGUUGUCUCAAUGCAAGCAACUCAAACAUGGAAAGAAGCUUAUGAAUUAAAAGCCAAAAGUUUGAAUUUAUGCAAUGAUGAACCCCGAGAAUCUAUAACAAUCAAAAACAUUU